AUUUGACAUUAUUUAUUUUGAAAAUAAAUAAACAUGUCAAACUUCGCUCUUCUCCUGGUCUGCGUCCAAGCUUGCUUGGUUCAGAAUGUGUUCUGCUGGAUCGCUGAACCGGCUUUCUCUGCUGGUCCUCUUGGCUAUAUCCCCGGCUUAGCAAGAAUCGAAGCACCAUUCGGCCGUGCACCUUUCGCUCCCGCUUUUACGCCUGCUGCUUAUGCCCCUGCUCAAUUUGCGCCAGCUGCGUAUGAAGCUGGUAUCGGCGCGUACGGUGGCGAAGGCAUUGGUGACAUCGCCGUAGCCGGAGAAAUGCCAGUUGCUGGUACCACAAUGGUAUCUGGACAGGUUCCCAUACUUGGUGCUGUGCGUUUCGCGGGUGACCUUCCAGCUGGUGGUAUUGUCACCAUUGCUGGAAAUUCAGGUGCUGGAAGAUACGGUUGUAACAGAAUUAACACAUCAUUACACACACAACUUACAAACAUGUCUUCCUUCACAUUCUUAUUCCUCUGUAUUCAAGCUUGCUUAAUUCAGAAUGGUCUAACAACACUCAUUGGACCGGCGGUAUAUGGAAAUGGCUUUGGGCUCGGGAACUCCGUAGGAGCCGGUUUGACAGCAGCAUCCGCUGAAUUGGCUGGAUGGUAUGGUUGCGAUUCACCUGCAUCAUACAACAAUGUCCCAAGAGCUUUAGAAAGAGAGUUGGCUGCUGAAUACGCAUAUGGAGCCAGAGCGAUGGAAAGAGACAUGGCUGCAGCGUACGGAGUAAGAGCAGUUGAAAGAGAAAUGGCUGCUGAAUAUGGCAUGGCUCGUAAUGCGUGGAAUGCCCCAGCUUUAGUCCCAGCUCCAAUGGCGUAUGAAUCGGGUAUCGGCGCAUACGGCGGCGAAGGCAUUGGUGACGUAGCUGUAGCUGGAGAGUUGCCAGUGGCUGGUACCACUAUGGUAGCGGGACAAGUGCCCAUACUCGGUGCUGUACGCUUCGCCGGUGACCUACCAGCGGGUGGCGUCGUCACCAUUGCUGGAAGUUGCGGAUGUGGAAACCGAUACUUUUAAAAGAUUUGAUGACUGACUUGUAUACAAUAAAUAGAUGACUGAUUUAUAA